GGGGACAGCGACGCUCCCCCGGGGCAUCUGUGGCCGGACCAGGACGUGCCACGCUUGGACCACGGGGAUGGUGGAGCAGACACUCUCAUGAAGCCCUCGACUGCCUCGAUGGACAGGCAGAGGAGCACCGAGUUCUCGGCCCUUGACAGUUUCCCCCUGAAGCACUCGAACACGCUGACGAACAGGCAGCGAGGCAACGAGGUCUCGGCCCUCCCAGCCACGCUGGACACAUUGUCCAUCCACCAGCUUGCUGCCCAAGGUGAGCUCAGCCAGCUGAAAGAACACCUUCGGAAAGGCGAGAACUUGGUAAAUAAACCUGAUGAGAGAGGUUUCACGCCGCUGAUCUGGGCUGCAGCCUUCGGAGAGAUCGAAACGGUCCGUCACCUGCUGGAAUGGGGUGCUGACCCCCACGCGCUGGCGAAGGAGCGGGAGAGCGCCCUGUCCCUGGCAAGCAUGGGCGGCUACACCGACAUCGUCGUCAUGCUGCUGGAGAGGAACGUGGACAUCAACAUUUAUGACUGGAACGGCGGCACUCCUCUGCUCUACGCCGUGCGCGGCAAUCACGUCAAGUGUGUCGAGGCCCUACUAGCUCGCGGUGCUGACCUGACGACGGAGGCAGAUUCUGGCUACACCCCGAUGGAUCUGGCUGUGGCCCUGGGACACAAGAAAGUCCAACAGGUUAUCGAAAAUCACAUCCUCAAGCUGUUUCAGAACAAGGAGCUGGAGUGAUGCGGUAGCUCGCACUGCGCUGCUGCUUCUCCCGGCCGACGCAGGGCUCUCUUCUGGGACCACCGGGGCCUCACCCAGCCAUCCCGAAACAGGCAGCGGCACGAUGCUUCAAGCAAGGAGCACACGGAGGAAGCCGGGAACUGCCUGCCCUCGGUGGAUCGAUGCCUUUCCCGGAGGGUGGCACGGCCACAGUGCCUCGCACCCGGGGACACUCAUUCCUCAGGACAGCUGCAUUUCUGCCCUGUCCGGCCUCGGCUGCUUCGUGCGUGUGUGCAUUUGGGUAUCGCAUUAUUGGAAGUAAACUCUAAAGCAGCCGUGUGGA